UUUUUUUAUUUAUAUAAUUUUAUUAAAUGUUAAAAUUAAUUAUUAAUGCUAUAAAAGCUAUUUAAUUUUCAUUAGGGUAUAUUUUUGGUUUUGAAAACUUUAAGCCUAGUUGAGAUAAAAAAAAAAUAUUAUCAAAAGUGAAAACAUUGGCCCAAAAAUGUAUUUAUUAUUAUGAGUAUAAUGAAAACAGUAAUGGCUGCUUCCCAGAUGUGUUAAUGCCAAGUUGAGGUGACGUGUCCGUGUGUUUUUUAAUCAUAUUUUAUUAUUAAAAAAUAUUAUUAAAAUGAAUGCUUUUAAACGUGAUAAAAAAGAGGAAGAAGAUGGAGGUGGAAAUCCAUUUUCAAAUCUUGAAAAAACAACAGUUCUUCAAGAAGCAAGAACAUUCAAUGAUACACCAGUAAAUCCACGUAAAUGUGGUCAAAUAUUGACAAAAAUAUUGUAUUUAUUGAACCAGGGUGAACAACUUGGUACAACUGAAGCAACAGAAGCAUUUUUUGCAAUGACAAAAUUAUUUCAAUCACGUGAUGUUGUUUUACGUAGACUUGUUUAUUUAGGAAUAAAAGAAUUAAGUACAGUUGCUGAAGAUGUUAUAAUUGUAACAUCAAGUUUAACAAAAGAUAUGACUGGUAAAGAAGAUCUUUAUCGUGCAGCAGCAAUACGUGCAUUAUGUACAAUAACAGAUAGUGGAAUGUUAGCUGCUAUUGAAAGAUAUAUGAAACAGGCUAUUGUUGAUAAAUCACCAAGUGUUGCUAGUGCUGCACUUGUAUCAUCAUUACAUUUAAGUGGUGUAUCAAGUGAUGUUGCACGUAGAUGGGCAAAUGAAGCACAAGAAGCACUUAAUUCAGAUUCAGUUAUGGUACAAUAUCAUGCACUUGGUGUAUUAUAUCAAGCAAGAAAAUCUGAUAGACAUGCUGUUAUUAAAUUAGUUGCUAAAUUAAUGAAAUCAAGUCCAAAAAGUCCAUAUGCAGCAUGUAUGUUAAUAAGAAUGGCAUGUAAAUUAUUAGAUGAAUCAAAUGAAGGUAAUGAAUUAAUGGAAUUUAUUGAAUCAUGUUUACGACAUAAAUCAGAAAUGGUUGUUUAUGAAGCAGCACAUGCUAUUGUUAAUUUAGCAAGAAGUGGUAUACGUGAAAUUGCACCAGCAAUAUCUGUAUUACAACAUUUUUGUAGUUCAUCAAAACCAGCAUUAAGAUUUGCUGCUGUACGUACAUUAAAUAAAGUUGCAAUGACACAUCCAACAGCUGUUACAGCAUGUAAUUUAGAUCUUGAAAAUUUAAUAACUGAUUCAAAUAGAUCAAUAGCAACACUUGCAAUAACAACAUUACUUAAAACUGGAGCUGAAAGUUCAGUUGAUCGUUUAAUGAAACAAAUUGCAACAUUUGUAUCUGAAAUAUCUGAUGAAUUUAAAGUUGUUGUUGUACAAGCAAUAAGAACAUUGUGUCAAAAAUAUCCAAGAAAACAUACUGUAUUAAUGAAUUUUUUAUCAGCAAUGUUACGUGAUGAAGGUGGCUUAGAAUAUAAAGCAGCAAUUGCUGAUACAAUUAUUGCUGUUAUGGAAGGUAAUGCUGAUGCUAAAGAAGCUGGUUUAGCUCAUCUUUGUGAAUUUAUUGAAGAUUGUGAGCAUACAUCACUUGCUGUUAGAAUAUUACAUUUAUUAGGACAAGAAGGACCAAGUUCUAAAAAUCCAUCAAGACACAUUAGAUUUAUUUAUAAUCGUGUUAUACUAGAAUGUGCUAGUGUAAGAGCUGCUGCUGUAACAGCACUUGCUAGUUUUGCUGCUGCAUGUCCAGAUUUAUUACCAAAUGUACUUGUUCUAUUAUCACGUUGUCAAUUAGAUUCUGAUGAUGAAGUUAGAGAUAGAGCUGCUUAUUAUUGUACAAUUUUAUCACAACAAAAAAAUAAUGAUUCAAAUAUUAAUAUGUUAAUACAUCCACCACAAUUAUCAACACCAAGUCUUGAAAGAGCACUUCUUAAUUAUGUCAAUAGUAAUAUGGAUACACCAUUUGAUAUAUCACAGAUACCAACAGCACAAGUUAUUGAAGAACCAACACAAGCUGAAACACAAUUAACAUCAAGACCACAACAACCACGUCUUACACGUGAAGAAACUUAUGCUGAAAAAUUAUCACAAGUACCACAAUUAGCACCAAUUAUUCAAGGCUCUGUACUAUUUAAAUCAUCACCAGUAUUUGAGUUAACUGAAUCUGAAACUGAAUACAAUGUCAAGUGUAUUAAGCAUACAUUUUCUGAUUAUCUUAUAUUACAAUUUGAUUGUUUAAAUACAUUGUCUGAUCAAUUAUUGGAAGAUGUUAGUGUUGCUGUUGAACCACCAGAGGGUUAUGAAUUAAUAUGUGAAAUACCAUGUGUUAAAUUAGCUUAUAAUGAACUUGGUACAACUUAUACUGUUUUACAAUAUCCAGAUGAUGUUAAUGCUGGUGUUGCAACAAUUCCAACAACACUUAAAUUUGUUGCCAAAGAUUGUGAUCCAUCAACUGGUCUUCCUGAGGCUGAACAAGGUUAUCAAGAUGAAUAUAUGUUGGAAGAUUUAGAUGUAACACUUGCUGAUCAAAUGAAAGGUAUUAAAACACGUGGAAUGGAUAUGAAUGCUGCUUGGGAAGCUACUGUAACACGUGGUUUUACAUGUAUUGAUGAUACAUUUGCACUUGGUGCUGAUGUUACAAGUCUUGAGGCUGCUGUUAAGAGUCUUGUUGGUUUUUUGGGUCUUGAACCAGCUGAUAGAAGUGACAGAGUACAACCAAGUUCAACAUCACAUGUUUUAUUACUUCAUGGAUCAUUCCGUGGUGGUAAAGAAAUAUUUGCUCGUGCUAGAUUAGCUAUUGCUAAUUCACAAGUUACAAUGCAACUUUCAGUAAGAUCAAGUGAUCCAGAUGUUGCAUCGCUUGUUCUUGCAUCAGUUGGAUAAUUUAUUUUUUAUUAUUUUUCUUUCAUUUAACUCAUAUUUUCUUAUUUUUCCAAUUUUAUUUUUCAUAUAUAAAAAAAAAAAAAGAAAUAAUUUGAAAAUUAGUAAAAAAUAAUUGUAUACAUAAUUAAGAACAUGAAUUUUGAUUUGGUAUUAUUGUUAAUUAAUCGUCAAUAUAAUUAUUUCAACAUAAUAAAUAAAUAAAUAAAUAUAUAUAAUAAAUAAUCAAAUUU